AUGGCUCACUCAGAGGAUACAUACGACAUUGUCAUCGUGGGUGCAGGGCCUGUCGGCCUUCUGCUGUCCCUCUGCAUGUCUAGAUGGGGUUACAAGGUUAAACAUAUCGAUAACCGCCCCGUUCCGACUGCGACUGGGCGUGCCGAUGGCAUUCAACCACGCUCCACGGAGAUCCUUCGCAAUCUCGGUCUGAAGCGCGCCAUCAUGGCGUACCACCCGGCGAAAGUCUAUGAUGUUUCUUUCUGGGACCCUCUCGCUGAAGGCAAGGGCAUUCACCGUACGGGUAGCUGGCCUAGUUGCCCCCGAUUUAUCGACACCCGCUACCCGUUUACCACUCUUGUCCACCAGGGGAAGAUUGAGAAAGUCUUCCUUGACGAGAUCAACAAGGCGGGCACGACAGUAGAACGGCCGUGGACGGUAGUCGACUUCGCGAAUGAUGGCAAGGACGAAGACUACCCGGUGGAGGUGAGCCUCAAGUCGAUCGAUACCAACGUCAUCACAAAGGUCCGCACCAAGUAUCUGUUUAGCGGCGAAGGCGCCCGGAGUAGCAUCCGGGAGAAGCUGGGGAUCAAGAUCCAAUACAAAGACCCCAUUUCCUAUGUUUGGGGUGUCAUGGACGGGGUUGUGCGCACCGACUUCCCUGAUAUCAAGACCAAAUGUACUAUUCACUCCGAUGCGGGCUCGAUCAUGGUUAUUCCUCGGGAAGACAACAUGGUCCGUUUGUAUGUCCAGAUCGCCUCCUCGUCCGACCCUGACUGGAACCCCCGCAAGACCGCGACCGUCGAGGAUGUGCAGGCGACAGCGAAGAAGAUUCUCCAGCCUUAUUACCUGGAGUGGGACCGGGUAGAGUGGUACUCCGUCUACCCGAUCGGACAAGGUAUCUCGGAGCGAUACACUUUAGAUGAGCGGGUCUUCCUGGGGGGUGACGCCUGCCAUACCCACAGCCCCAAGGCCGGUCAAGGGAUGAACACGGCUUUCCACGAUGCGUUGAACAUGGCCUGGAAGAUCCACGCCGUUGAAUCUGGCUUCGCCAACCGCUCUAUUCUGUCUACAUACGAGAGCGAGCGCAAGGACAUCGCGGAGACGCUUCUCGGCUUCGACAACAAGUACGCAGCUCUGUUUUCCAAGCGCCGCCCCACUGCCGGAGAAGUCGGGUCGGCCAGCCACACGACUGUUGCUGAAGGCGGAGAGGAAGACGAGUUUGUCAAGACGUUCAAAGAGUCGUGCGAGUUCACCAGUGGGUAUGGAGUCGCUUACAAGCCCAACGUCUUCAACUGGGACACCACCCACCGGGCUCAGUCACCCCUGUUCGGUGUACCCGGGAUCCGACUGACUGCAGGACGUGUCUUUACCCCGGCAACCGUCACCAGGCUGGCCGACUCCAACUUUGUGCAUCUCGAACAAGAGGUUCCCGUCAACGGGUCGUUCCGCAUCUUCAUCUUUGCAGGAAAGCAGGCCACGACGAAGCAGGCCAUUGACGACCUGGCUGCGAACCUCAAGAAAGAGCGCUCCUUCUUAUCUAUCUACCAGCGAUCCGAUAUCAAGGAGGUGUCCUUCUUCGAGCGUGACCUGCCCCACUCCAAAUUUUUCACCCUGUGCCUGAUCUAUGCCAACGACAAGAACACCAUCGACAUGGCGUCGGUGCCCCAGAUUCUCAAGGACUACCACUACCACAUCUACGCGGACAAUCUCCCGGAUGUUCGGGUGCCCACAGCCCAGUUUGCCGCCCACGAGAAGCUAGGCAUCGAUCCCGAGAAGGGCGCUGUCGUUGUCACCCGUCCGGACGGGCAUGUCGCGUGUUCCAUCCAGCUCGUCGAGGGAAGCGGUACCGUCGACGCGCUGAACGCCUACUUUGGAGCGUUUGCGACGAAACCUCUUGGACAGGAUCAGCAGAGCCGUCUGUAA